AUGAAUUGUUUAUCAUUAAACGCUCGUGGGAUUAAAGGUAAAGGGAAAUCGGGCUGGAUUAGCGGUUUGAGGUUGUCUCAGGGGGUUGACUUUUUGGCAAUACAGGAGUCUAAGACUAAGGAUCUGUCUCAGCGGCCUAUCUCUAGUUGUUGGGGUAAUUCUUCGUUUAACUGCGAAUUUGUAAAUUCAGAUGGUAUUGUGGGGGGGGGUCUCAUCUCAUGGUGGGACCCAUCCUGUUUUCGGGUUUCUGGUGUUUUUAAGUCGAAGCAUGUUUUAAUUAUUUCGGGGCUGUUGAUCCAUUCGGCUGUUCAUGUGAAUGUAGCUAAUAUUCAUGCUCCCAAUGAUCCGUCUAGUAGAAGGGCGUCUUGGUAUGAGUUGUUGCUGUAUAGGCGCUCUUUGUUGGGGCUUUGGAUUUUACUGGGAGAUUUUAAUGAGGUUAGGAGCUCGGAUGGAAGGAUAAAUUCUGAAUUUUUUUCUCAGAAUGUGAUCGCCUUUAAUGAUUUUAUUCGGGAUACGGAGCUGGUUGAGUAUAAUUAUUCUGGGCUAAAGUAUACUUAUAUGUCGGCGAAGGGUGAUAAGAUGAGUAAGCUGGAUAAGUCUUGGUGUGUAAAGAAUUUAUGA